CGUGUCCUUGUUCCUCUUUUAGCACACAUCACACAGUAUUACAAUGAAUAAGAACAUUCAAUCAUCAAAUACAAUCAUUUUCAUAACAAGCUGCUGUGGAGGCAAAACCUUUUUGUUCUUUGCAAUAAAUCUUUUGUUCUUUUAUUCAGAGCUCUGAAGGUACAGGUGACACAGAGUGCAAAGCAGUCUAUGUGUCAAGUCAAACUGGAAGGAGCUGAAAACUCAAAGGAGAAGCAUUUACGCACAGGUCCUACACUCAGCUGGGGCGGAAACAAUCUGCGGCUGCAGGUUUGCCACCGGCGGCAAAAAAGGGGACACACACAGCACUGAGGAGGAACUGAGAAUGAAUGACCGCAUUCAAACAAAGUGGCCAUGAGUUUCUGUUGGGAAAGCAUCAAGAUCUGCGGCAAACUGUGCAGGAUUGCCUUCAUCUCCAAAAUCCGGGUUGCAGCCGGUGAUUGGCAGGAGGAGGAGAGUCUGACGGAGGAGCAGAGGAAUGUUGGCAGCCAUUUAGUCUGAGCUCAACAACGGAGGAAACAUGGAUUCUUCACAAAAAAACGGAACAGAUGGACAAAACUCUCAGACUUGUCAGCACUCUGCCAAUGGUGAACAGUGCUGCUUUGACCAGUCUGGACCAACGUCCAACCAACAAGGAACCCUACAACGACACCAGCGUAUGCACACUGGACACAAACUGAACCCCUGCCAAGAAGAUUUGUCCAUGCAGGGUUCAGUAAAAGUUCAUGAAGUCCUCCACAAACUUAAAGUCCUUGAGAUCCGGCUUCACAGAAUUCAGGUCUAAUUUCUUUGUUUAGUGUCUUCGUUGCUUCGUUGCAAAAUCCAUUAAGAGGAAAGCUGUCAUUAACAGACGUGACUGUAAAUUAAUUAAACCAUUCAAAGUGGUUACUCAGUUAAAUGAAUUAUCAGUGGUAGAGGGAUAGACGUCUGGAUGGAGGCAGUGAGCAGCAGGGCGAAUUUCCUCAAUUAACACCUUAAUGGUUCCUGAGAUCCCUCUGGGCUGCAGGAACCCGUUAGAUGCAGAGCUGGUUCAGUGAUUGUCUGAUGAUUAAUCAUAAUUAAUUGAGGAGAUUACUGGCCUUAGGAUUCCUAUCUAUCUAUCUAUCUAUCUAUCUAUCUAUCUAUCUAUCUAUCUAUCUAUCUAUCUAUCUGUCUAUCUGUCUAUCUGUCUGUCUGUCUGUCUGUCUGUCUGUCCAAACUUUCUCAGCUAAAACAUCUGCACCUCUGCUUCUGUGUGAAGUAGUCAUUACAGGAGAGAAAGUGUAGAAAAUCUGACAGAUUUUGUCAAGUGGUCCAGAAAAAUCUGACUACCCCUACAACUUCUCUCCUGUAAUGAUAGUAAUAAGUAAUACAUAGUUGAUACUUCACACAGCAGUAGCAGAGGUGCAGAUGUUGUAUCAUAUUGUGAACUGGCCCUAUAAAAAUAACAACAAUAACAAAUUACUUUAUACUUAAGAACGAUACUUAUAUUAAAGACUUUAUACAUAAAUACCAGACAUAUUUUGAUGCCAUAUCUUGCAUUCUUAGGGGAGUCUGAUUUUAAGUAAGGAGAUAUGAAGUUUUCUAAGUGAACAAUUAUUUUAUGACACGUGUAGAACACUGAUGGAAUGUGAACAAUAUUUGGCGACUACACCCUGUCCUGUCCUGAUGUCCUCAUAGGAGUGAAGCUGAGCGUAGCAUAGAAUCUCCCCGAUGCCAUUUAGGGUGCGCACAUACGGAUGAGAAGAGGAGGAGAAACAUGUCACCUAAUCAUAUUUAACAGGAAAACAUGUCUGCAGGUCAGCACUUAGUCACAUUUAACCCAAAAACAACAGCAAAAGCAGUAAACGUACGACAGAAAAACCUGUCAAGUGGGCACAGAGUGAAAAGUAAGUCUCACGCGAAGGGGGAGUCAGAUUUUUCCGGGGAGUGUGAAAAUUGCACAACACCUGGGUUAGUCUGUAUCCUUUUUUCUGAUUGGCUGAGACGAGACACGUGACAGUGUGCAUCUAUUAAUGAUCGGAAGCAUUCAGGUCGUUCCGGUUAUACUCGGUAGCGCUCUUCAGUAAAGGAGACGCAGUUUGUUAUUUUCUUUGAUUAUCGCUCGGCAAAUUACAAAAAAGUUGCAAGUUAACCCUUUUUUCACAUUUAUUAGGCAAAAUUAGCUUCGCCAUCGUGGCUAAACACGCUAAAAAUGGCUUUGCCAUCCUGAGGAAGGCUUCGCCUAUGGAGAAGUGGAGAAUGGCUAGCGCAAGCACAGAGACACCCUGAAAAUUUGACACAAUCUUAAAUAUUAUGAAAUAUUUGUUGAAAAGUCUUUUUGUGUGUUUCUAAGGGUGUGGCUGCAUCAGAAAGACACAAAUACAAAUGAUAUUUUUUUGGUUUGUUGUUUACAAGAAAUAUUUUAUGGAACCAGUCAAUUUUCAGUUUUAAUGUCUUUUAUUAGGAUGUGUUUAGUUUUAUGAUUGUACUAAAAUAAAUGACUCUUGAAGACCUCAAAGUGAUUCUUAAUGCAGUAUUUCACAAAUGUAUGGGAUGUCCAAUCCACUGCUGUAUUUAACAGCAAUCUGAUCUGCUGAUGUUAGCAAGACAAACAAGUGAAGGUUUCAGGCUUUUAUCUAGAAUUGUUCUUGAGAUAUUCAUCUUCAAACAGCCUCAAAUUUCAAUGUGAGAAAAUAAAAAAAAACGAGUGAAACUGGGUCUGCAGUCCACUGAAAAACCUCUAAGAAAGUGUCUGACAUACUGAGCUAAUAUUUCAUAGAUAGCAUUGUAAAUCUCCACAGUUUAUGAUUUAAAAAAAAAAGUUUUUUUGGGAGAUGGUCAAUGAUUUGAAACGGAGUUUGUCCCCUAGAGGACAAAUGGCACAAUCACAGAAUGAGGGUAUGUUUUGAAAAAAUAUCAUUCAAAAUUUGUCCAGAGAAGUGACUACAAUUUGAAUUUUAAUACACUUAACCAAGUGCUAUAGGUGGGGAAAAAAACAUGUUUAUGCAGCAUGAUGUUGCUUUGUGAUGUUGCAACUGACAUGCUGAUUUCAAAAUGGAAGCAUUUUAAUUUCUAAUGCUCUCAUAGAAGAUGACUGGUCAAUAAAAUUUACUCCUGUGACUCUGAUGUCAUGCAGAGUCUUUAUGCUAUGAUGUGGAAAGGGUGAAAGAAGACAGACUGGACAUUUCUGAGUGAAACUGAACAUGGCAUGUACUGAUUCAUAAAAACAAGUGUAUUAUCUUUAAUCAAGCCUUACAUAGUAUUUACUAGCUGAAGUACUUCGGUUUUGAACACAAGAAUUACUUGUCAAGACGACGUUGACUGGAGCUCUGCUACAGAAAGGCAGUUCAUUUUCUGCUGGGGUUCAUAACAUACAAGAUUUCUCAAAUCUACAGAGAUGUUUUUGAUUUGAAAUUAGGGUUACCUUAAAUUAAUAAUAUAUAUUUUUUGAUACUUUCUCUAAAAAACUCUAAAAAAGCUUCAGGUGUAGCUGCUGGAAAAGAGCCUGCAAGUCACAUGGUGGGACAUGUGAACAUAGUUCAAUAAGAAAAUCAAGCCUGUUACAGUGUUGCUCAAGUCCCCUCUGUUAAAUGGCAUCAAAACAAUGGUCAACGUGAACAAAUCAUGAGUGUUGACAUUGCACUCACAACAGUACCUCUCAACUGUUCUAAUUUUGAUCUAUUUAGGAGAACAAUGUAAUGAGUGCACCGAGAGAUCCAAUACAGGGAGCUUUCCUUUUUCAAAGAUCAUUAGAAGGACAGAACCAGGGACGGACUGGCCAUUGGGCAAUGUGAGCAAAUGCCACUGUGGCUGCCUGGUCAUGCGACUGCCACCAGGCAGCAUCACAAACAAAUAAAUAAAUGAAAAUAUAAAGCGGGGCGGAGCAGCCGCAUCAAUAGACGGCCGCAAAUGAUUAGGCUAAAUAAAUAAAUAAAGCGGACCGGCUGCGUCAAUAGGCGGCCACAAAUCAAUAAAUGAAUAAAUAAAAAUAAUAAAAAACAAAGUGGAGCUGAAGGCGCCCACAAAAAAGAGGGAAAAAAGCAAACAAAAAAAACAGCCUGUUAACUGUAACAAAUAAUAGGCCUACUCAACUAAACAAUGAUAAUGACGUUUUUUAUUUGUAUGGUUGUUUGAAUAUGUUAGAAUAUUAACAUGACUUAUCUUCUAUAAUUUCUGUUUUAUGGACAAUACAAAUAUAAAGUGUUUUAUUUUUGAAGUAGAAAAAAAAUGAAAACAUGUUAAAAAGAAGGGGUAUUCAGACCAUCUGUAUUUUUUUAUUUUUCUGAAGAUUUAUUCUUGAUUUUUAUUCUUUGAUAUCUUAAAAUCGAGAGGUUAAUAUUUCUAGAAUUGCAACAGGUUGGGAGCUGAAGCCUUGUGGUGACACUAUAUAUUGCUCCAUGAUAAAAAAUGAUUAGCUCAUUCUUACAGCUAUUUAAAAAAAUACUGAAAACAUUGUAUUCGAUUAAAAUGUAAUUAAAAAAAAAUGUUAAAUGUCAUCAGGGUUUUCAGAAUCGCUCUUUGUCUGGUCCCUCACCUAGAGCCAAUUUACCAGUGGCUAUUGCCCCGGAGAACAUAGCUCCCAGGAUCACAGGGACACUCAAACCCCUCCACCGCGAUAAGGUGGCGAUUCUUUAGAGGGGAACACAGAACACACAGGACGCAGGACAUGACGCAGGACAGGACACAAGACAGGACACAAGAGAGAACACAAGACAGGACACAAGAGAGAACACAAGACAGGACACAAGACAUGACACAAGACAGGAGAGGAAAGGAAAGGAAAGGAGGAAUAGAAAGAAUAAAAAGAAUAAAAAGAAAGAGUAGUAGGGAAAGGAAAGGUUGUUCAAAGCCAACACCACAGCUUCAUCAAAAGAUGGAUAUUGUACAUUCAUGGCUGCCUCCAGCAGCUUUUCUGCAGAGCCAAACAUAUUUUGAAGGUCCUUGAACAUGGCCUUCGACAUUUUGUCCAUCUUCUGGGUCAUUUGAAUUAUUUGUUUCGGUGGUGGUGUUGACACUAAAAAAAUUUACACAAAUUAAAGGGUGAUUUUGGAGAAUGCCGACGCCAGUGUGCUCAUUGCAUCAGGAACCUUAGGACUUGAUAGCUGGACAUUUGUGGUCAGCUGGUGGCCAGUCUGGGGGCCACUACGACUACCUUGGUUGCUGCUGACUCUGUUGUCUCUUGGCUGGAGCAAAUUUCCACUGGAACUUCAAUGGUUCUGUGGGCGUCUCUGGUGUACAUUGUUGAACUUGCCCCUGCGGUUCUGCUGUGGUCUGAACCGUUGCUGGUUGUCCCUUUUUACUUGGCAUUUGCAGUGACAGAAUUUGCCACUGUGCUGUCUCUGUGCAAAGCCUGCACGAGAAGCGUUUCUGUAAAAGGGUCUGCGAUGAUAAUCAGCUUGGUACGCUGGUCUGUUGUACCAAGUGGGCCUUGGAUUGGUCAGCCUUUGGUAGCUGGGAUACCUCUGCCAAGCCCAUGCACGACCAGUGUUCCACUGCCUGCGUGCAACUCGAUUCCUGGUGUUGCGGCUGGCAUGGGGUUGUUGUCUUGCAACGCUCACCCCUUGAGGCCCACAUCGUUGCACAGCUGCAGGAGGGCGCUGCCUUCUUUGAAACUGGGCGCGCUGUUCAUGUCUGUGAUUUGCCUUCCUAUCAGAGGAAUUUCUGUUGGGUGCCGAGUCAGAGUUUCUACCAUGGCUGAGAUGUGACAGUUGGUCAGCCAUUCUUCUGUUAAACGGAACGGCGCGGUAUGGUUUUUUACUUUUAGUCGAACCAUUGUCGAUGGCUCUUCUGUUGGUUCCGCUCAUGUCUUGGUCUCCGGAGGUGCAGCUACCUGGGUUGCUGCUCCGAGUUGUUCCAAUGGCAGGUUUUGCCUUGGAAACAUCGUCUUCCUCAUCCGGUGAGCCUGUGAUUUUUCGGCGGCUGGCAAGCAGUUCAUGUCUGCGAUAUUUACGCAGUGCCUGCAAAUCCAUGGAGGCGAUGGCUCUUCUCUUGCUUCCUCUCAUAUCUGGGUGUCUGGAGGUGCAGCUACCUGGGUUGCUGCUCCGAGUUGUUCCAAUGGCAGGUUUUGCCUUGGAAACAUUGUCUUUCUCGUCCAGUGAGCCUGUGAUUUUUCGGCGGCUGGCAAGCAGUUCAUGUCUGCGAUAUUUACGCAGUGCCUGCAAAUCCAUGGAGGCGAUGGCUCUUCUCUUGCUUCCUCUCAUGUCUGGGUGUCUGGAGGUGCAGCUACCUGGGUUGCUGCUCCGAGUUGUUCCAAUGGCAGGUUUUGCCUUGGAAACAUUGUCUUUCUCGUCCGGUGAGCCUGUGAUUUUUCGGCGGCUGGCAAGCAGUUCAUGUCUGCGAUAUUUACGCAGUGCCUGCAAAUCCAUGGAGGCGAUGGCUCUUCUCUUGCUUCCUCUCAUGUCUGGGUGUCUGGAGGUGCAGCUACCUGGGUUGCUGCUCCGAGUUGUUCCAAUGGCAGGUUUUGCCUUGGAAACAUUGUCUUUCUCGUCCAGUGAGCCUGUGAUUUUUCGGCGGCUGGCAAGCAGUUCAUGUCUGCGAUGUUUACGCAGUGCCUGCAAAUCCAUGGAGGCGAUGGCUCUUCUCUUGCUUCCUCUCAUGUCUGGGUGUCUGGAGGUGCAGCUACCUGGGUUGCUGCUCCGAGUUGUUCCAAUGGCAGGUUUUGCCUUGGAAACAUUGUCUUUCUCGUCCAGUGAGCCUGUGAUUUUUCGGCGGCUGGCAAGCAGUUCAUGUCUGCGAUGUUUACGCAGUGCCUGCAAAUCCAUGGAGGCGAUGGCUCUUCUCUUGCUUCCUCUCAUGUCUGGGUGUCUGGAGGUGCAGCUACCUGGGUUGCUGCUCCGAGUUGUUCCAAUGGCAGACUAUUUCCUCUGA